CAUACCAGCAGACAACCCAAGUUUGAAGCUCUUUCCCCAACUUUUAUCCGCUCCUUACUUACUCACUCCGCCUCCUACGGACUUUAUUUCGCCACCCGUUCCAAUUCGUCACUUGGCGUUAUGUUCUAGGGCUAGGCUAGGUCAGGGUGAGAGGGACACCCGGAGGUCUGACAGCCAGAGAAAGUAACUGAGAAGAGUUCUUCUGGGUUCUCUCAGACUGCUCCGCUUUUAUUGGAAUAUAAUUUUUUUGGGGGGGACCAGGGUGUGUUUUUUCUUUCCUCACAAUGGGAGACGUCAUAUCGAGCCACUUGGAUGAGGGCAAGCGGGAGAUCAUCACAGCCCGUACAGGGGAGGUGAUGGGCCAGUUCAACGCUCUCUAUGAACAGCAGUACAGCGUGGCGCUCUUCAACAAGGUGCGCUUCGACGUCGAGGGAGGGGGCGGACCUCAGCCUCAGCUGCUCCACCGCAAGGUUCCUCUGGAGAACCGGUGUAUCUUCUCUGGGGCAUUGUUCCAGUACCUGGAGGAGAACAGGAAGUGGAGGAACCGUUUCCUCUUCAUCCCAGACUCCUACAGCAUCAACUACUAUGACAGCAAGGCGUCCCAUGACCGAGGCCUGCAACCCAAGGGGACCCUGAGCUGUGCGGGAUACAAAGUGCUGACCUCCAUGGAGCAGUACCUGGAGCUGGUGGCCAACAGCCUACCAGGCGUGAAGGCCAAAGUGGGGAGCGCUCCCUUCCUGAAGGUGGCGACCCAGUUCCCCCUGAUCCUUUGGCAUCCAUACGGACGCCACCUCUACUUCUGCGUGGGGACGGAGAAGGAACAGGACAAGUGGCUCGCCGUCUUCCAGGACUGUGUACGACACGCCAACGAUGGUUUGUCAGAGGAGAGCAGGGUUCAGACCCCAGCCUUCACAGACUCUGUGCGUCUCUUCCGGCAGGCCAAGGGCCAGUACGGUACCUGGGACAUGAUGUGUGGCGGGCACCCGCAGAUCCUUUCCAACCUGGUGAUGGAGAUCCUCCUCCCAGAGAUCAGGGACCUCAUCUCCCCGCGCCUCAAAGGGAAGAUGCACGAGAGGCAGCGCAACUGGAUGUUGAUCAGUGACGCGGUGUACAGCCUGGUGCAGCGGCAGUGUGAGGCGCAGUUCCGUGCGCUGGAGCAGCGAUGCGAGGCGGGGCGCCCCCUGUUGGAGGCCUCCAUCCGCACAGACAUGGACCAGAUCAUCACCUCAAAGGAGCACGUCACCAACAAGAUCAGAGGCGUGGUGCUGUCCAAGGCGGACAAGCUGCUGAAGGUGAGCAUCCAGCCCUACAUCAGCUCCAUCCUGGAGGCGCUGAUGGAACCUACCAGCAGAGGCUUCUCGGAGGUCCGGGACGUCUUCUUCCGGGAGCUGGUGGACAUGAGCAAGAACGCCGUCAAUGAGGGCACCAAGGAGACGGUGGCAGAGCACAUGGACAAGAUCUCCAUGCUGGCGUUCCACCCGGUGAAGAUGCAGAGCUGUUACGAGAAGGUGGAGCGGCUCAGUCUGGACGGCCUGCAGCAGCGCUUUGACGUGUCCAGCCCCUCCGUGUUCGUCCAGAGAGCCCAGAUCCUCAUGAGAGAGCAAAUGGACGAUGCUGUGUAUACGUUUGAGCAGAUUCUUCACCAGAGUCUGGAGGCUCAAGGUACAGAGGGUCUCUGUAAGACCAUCCAGCGCUGCCAGGACCGUGUAAUCAAGAAGUUUGACUACGACAGCAGCACGGUGAGGAAGAGGUUCUUCAGAGAAGCUUUGCUCCAGAUCUUUAUCCCCUACAUGUUGAAGCAGCUCACGCCAUCCUGUUCCUCCGACCUGCCGCGCUUCCAGGAGCUGAUCUUCGAGGACUUCACGCGCUUCAUCCUGGUGGACAGCAUCUUCGAGGAGGUGGUGCUGCACUCCGUCAUGAAGGACAUCAUGACCGCUGUGAAGGACGCAGCGGUCCAGCGCAGACACAACCUGUACCGGGACAGCAUCGUGCUGACCAGCAGCGACCCCAACCUGCACCUGCUGGGGGACAACCCCUCCAUCGACUGGGCUGAGGAGUACGGGGCCCACGAGGAGGAGCGGGAGGGGGACGGGGAGGGGGAGGAGGGCGGAGCGGACGCUGCCGGCGACGACGGAACGGAGGCCCCGAAGAAGAGGGGGAGGAUGAAGCAGGUGGUCUCCAUGAUCCAGGUGGAGGGCUCCCCCACACUGGCCAACGCGUCCUGCCUGGACGUGCCGGGGGUUGACGGAAUACCAGAGGAGGAGGAGGAGGAGGAGGAGGAGGAGGAGGAGGAGGAGGAGGAGGGAGAUGACGAGGAACAGAAGGAGGAGGUGGCGGGCGAGGAAAAGGAUAAAGAGGGCGGGGUUCCUGCCGGGUCACCAAACGGCGGCUGCAACGGCAUCGCCGGGGGUCCGGCAGUUCCGGGCGCCCCCCCCGCCGCUCCGACCGACGGCGGCCCCUCCGAGGAGACCGGCAGCGAGGAGGUCGUUCAGAAGGAGGCGCCCCCCCCCCGCCGCCGGGGGGGGGGGAGCAGCCGUCUGCCCCCCCGGCCCAGAGUGGGGCGCCACCCGCCCUCACAGCAGGCGGCCCGGCGGCGGCGGUGGAGGGGGAGGAGAACGCCGAGGUGGCGCCCGCCGCCGCCGCCGCCGCCGCCUCCCCCGGCACCGGUGACCGCCGCCCCAGUGUGUGUCCAGGACACGCCCCCCUCGAGCCCCAAGCCGACGCCCCCCGAGGCCGCCCCCCCCGUCGACGGACCGGGAGCCUGCGACGACCGCCUCCCUCCCACUCCCGCCGGCGGCUGACGGCAAGGAGGCGGAGGACGAGAAGGUGGCUCCUCCCCCCGAACAACCGGACACCACCACGACGGCGGCGGCGGCGGCGGCGGCAUCACCAGCCCCCCCGCCGCCGGCGGACUGCGAGGAGGACAAGACGGCUCCUCCCCCGGAGCAACCGGACACCACCACCACCACCACGCCGACGACGGCGGCAGCAGCAUCAGCUCAACCCCCGCUGCCGACCAGCGAGGAGGAGGAGGGGGCGGCGCCUGAGUCGCCAAGGCAACAGCCAGAGCUGGAACCCACGCGGCCCAGUGACUCUCAGAGUGCAGAGGAAGACUCUUCCGGACCCUGCAGCCAGUGAGCAAGGCAGUGGGCCCCCCAGCCCGGGGAGGAGGAAGAGGAGCUGGAGAGGAUGAGAUGAAGAUAGAUUUUUUUUUUUUUAAUAGCAUUUUUCAGGGGGUAACAAACAACUCCUACAUGCACAGCUUGGUUAAUAUGCACAUGCACUUCACCCACCCAUCUGCACUACACACACACACACACACACACACACACACACACACACACACACACACACACACACACACACACUCUACCCUAUAGAGGCGUGAUGUUGAUGCUGUUUGAUGGGUAGCGGAGGCUUAUUCCGAAGAAUAUUACACAACCGAAGCGUUUCCAUGUAUCCGCGUGGUGGGAGCGUGCACGGGCUGAGAGCGUGCACGUGGUCUUGGGUUCUUUAGGGUUUGCAGGAAAAACGUGCAAAUAACCCUCCGAUUUGUUAUCGAUAUUCUAGUUCGUUUGACUAAAUUUUCCUUUAAUUUUUUCUCUUGCCUCUCUUUCUGUUUUCCUGUCUCACCCCCCUUCUGUGGGAGAAAUUAAGGGUGUUGGAACACACGCAAAUAAUCCAUACACAAUGCCUUUUUCGAAAUCCUUGUCUGCAUCCUCGGUUUCACUGAACUCUUCAUCGAUGUCAGCACAACAAAGAAGACAAAUCGGUCAUUCAAAGCCUUGUUGUAUAAAGCUCCCAAUAUCUCGACAUCAAACCAUUUCCCCUCCACACGCAUGAAUGACACUAUUUUACCCGAGUCGACCCCUUAUCGAAGAGAUGUUGUAUGAUAUGUAUAAAUCCCUGGAAUGGAACUACAAAUCCUUUUUAAAGUCCCCCCUGCCAGACACACUCUCCCUGCUCCUGCUUUAUUUAUUGUUUUCAAGUGUAUUCGUCUCCCCAACCUUUUUGAAAAGCCCACUUUUUAGAUAUGUUUUACGCUGAAUUGUGAAUCACCUGUUUAUUGAUAAUAAAUAAUUAUCGAUUAAAUAUACCA